UCCACCUGUGUUUCCACCUGUACACAUUGACCGGCUUCAUUUCCCUUCGUUACCUGAAAACUGACAGAAAAAUGGGGAUUUUCAUCUUGUUCGCUUUAUCCCUAGUUCAAACCAGAGUGUACGGACAGAUGGUGUCGCUGUCGGCACCUGCCACUCUGGACAUAGGACAAGCUGACCUUUCCCUUCGAUGCGAGUUUUCGGAUACGACGGGAAUAUCGGACGUUAACAGUAUUCAGUUUUACAGGGACGCCAGCGCCUCCAUGGGUUCAGAGGAGUCUAAAAUAGUGUCCGUAGACUACAACCGUACAAUCAGUGGCAGUGUAGUCCAGUGGCAGGAUCAUCAGCUGGAAUUACGUGGCUCAGCUUCCGGCUAUCUGGAUACCGUCAUGUCCGCUAACCUUGAACUCAACCUUACUAACACCGAAUGUAACGACAGCUCGACGUACCGGUGUACAAUCUACGUGACGACGUCAGGAGGCAUAGACAUUUUAAACGACGAAAAAACGAUUGAUGCCAUAACCCCUCCUAGUGGAAUGGACGCUAUAACGGCAACUGCAAUAACGGGAACGAUCAAUGACAAAGGAGUUGUCACCAAUGAAACGACUUUGAAUAUCACGUGCAGCGGUUCUGUGGGGAGUCCUGCUGGUAACAUCCGGUGGUGCUGGAAGCAAAAUGAUGGAGCCUAUAUGGAGGUGACGUCAGGAGUUAACGAGUCUGCUACGAUGGCUUCAGGAAACUGUGGGUUCAAGAGGACAUCUUACCUCGAGUACAACGUGACCAACGCCGAUACCAUGACAAUGUUCGUGUGUGAAGUCAACGGCACAUACGCAUGUGGUGGCGCCCCCUACAAAAGUGAAUUCUCCAUAACAACAGAACAAGAGUCAGGUGAUACGAAUCCCACUGGUGCAGCUAGCAAUUUAGGUGUUUGUUGGUCCACUGUUUUGCUGAUGAUUCUAAGCCUGUCCUGGAUAGUCUAAUGCUUAAACUAUUAAGCAAGAUACCUGGAUAAGAUGAUGAGACGUUUUGGGGUAAAAACCUGAUGUACAGUUUGACUGACUCAAUGACGGUCACCAGGACGUCUUAUACAAAGUGAUCACUGUGAUGGAGAGUUGUCUUCCCUCUUUUAUUUGAUAUAUACAUGUCGUAGGGCGGUUGAAUAGCCAACCCUCUAAGAUUAAACGGACUUGAGUAAAGCUCAUACUAAUGUUACAGAUUAAGUAGCCUAUAUAGUAGCAACCUUAUACAAACUUUUAUUUAAAAAUGGAAAGGGCCGCUCAGUUCAAGUCCGAAAGAUGAAGUGUGAACUAUAACGACUGUCAUGAGAACAUUGAAUUGAUGUGUCUGACAUCUACACUAGACCUGUGCUCGUGCAAUGUUAUUCAAUUAUAGCCUUUGGCUGAGGUCGAUACCUGGAUUUAUCAACCCGAGAAAAGAUAUAUUAACA